AUGUACACACACGCACGCGUGCACAUGUGUAUGCGCGUAAGAAAGAGAAAGAGAGAAAACUGUAAACAAAUGUUUUUUAAUUGAUAACGAUUCUCAAAUUCAUUGGUUCGGUAGAUAAUAAACGACGAUAAUACGACCUUACAUAUCUAGAUUCACGUAUUCUUUUAACAUUUGCGAUCAACCGCUUCAAUCACUCUGUGUGUUACAAAUAUUACUCGAAAAAAUAUUCAGUUAAUUUGAAGCGUUAAGUAACAAAGCAGAAACGUUAUAACAUGACACCAAAAAUAGUUGUUGUCGGUUCUUGCAUGAUUGAUUUUACUUGUUUUUCUCCACGAUUGCCCAAACGCGGUGAAACAUUAAUCGGGACUAAAUUCGAAACGAAAUACGGCGGCAAAGGUGGUAAUCAAUGUGUUGCAUCUGCUAAACUUGGUGGAUCUACGGCACUUAUUGCCUCAUUGGGAUAUGAUACUUUUGCCCAAAAAUAUCUCGAAAUUUUGAAAGAGGAAAAAGUAAACACUUCUCACGUCAAGAUACAGAAUGAUAAGCACAGUGGCACUGCUCAUAUUACUGUUACUGAAGACGGAGAGAACAGUAUCGUCAUCGUGUUAGGUGCAAAUGAGUCAUUAACUCCGAAACAUGUUGAGUCCGCUGUUGACGUGAUUAAGUCCGCUAGCGUUUUGUUAUGCCAAUUUGAAAUCCCGUUGGAAUCUGUACGAUGUGCGUUAGAACUACAUCACGGUCAUGGACUUUCGAUUGUCAACGGAGCGCCCGCGCUGGAAAACCCCGAUCCAAAAAUUCUACAAUUGUGCGACAUUUUCUGCAUUAACGAAACGGAGGCAGAAGUUAUGACGGGGAUUCAGCCGGUCGAGUUAUCGAAUAUACAGCACGUGGCGGACAAGCUCCUAGAUAAAGGAUGCAAUGCGAUUAUUAUCACUCUUGGGCCGCUAGGCGCCGUAUACGCGUCGAAAACGAACAGAAAUGUCAUACGAAUUUCUACUGACAAAGUACAACCCGUAGACACUACCGGUGCCGGAGAUGCAUUUUUGGGCGCACUCGCGUACUUCAAGGCGUAUCAUCCGCAACUGUCAAUAGACGAAUACAUCAGAAGAUCCUGCAUAAUCGCUACGCGCUCCGUUCUUAAAUACGGCACACACGCAAGUUUUUCAACGAAAAGUGACCUCCCAGCAGAUUUGUUUCAAUAAAUAGAGACUAACAAUAAAUAGCGAACGAUAUACUUAAAAAUUCUAUGUCGUAUAUGUUUGCAAUACAAUGAUAGAAAUUGCUUUCA